AUGGCAGCCUCCAUGCUUUUCGUCUUCUCCAUAUUCGCCGCCCUAUUAUUCACCGCAGUUCCGGCAGAGCCACCGCUUCGAAACGACGGCGCUCCGGAGGUUGCAGAUUCGUCGACAAGACUCCAACUCCAACUUCGGUUGCUGGAGACCAAGGUUUACCUUCUAGAAUCAAGCAUUGAUGAAAAAAUACGUGAACUGAGGAAGAAGGAUGAAAAAAUCAGGGAGAUGGAAGAGAUUAUUCAAGGGAAAUCAAACAGCAAUGCAUUUUACCAAAGUGAGACCGAGGCUGUCCAGGGAAGAGAAGAUUUAGGUGCUAAGAAAAUCACAGGUAAGUUACAUGAGAAGAAUGCUGAGGAGCUUGUGAAUCAGGUUAUUGAGGACAUCAUAUUGCAGGAUAAAUUAAAAGAUAAACGGGAAGCCCAAGCAAGGGUAGCUGAUCAGAAAACCCAGGAAUUGAAAUUUAGGGCAGAAGAUGCUCAUGGAGGAUGGCUAUCAGUUUUACAUUCUGUUGCAGUUCAUAUAAGCCAGUUUCAGUCAUACAUAGUGACUUACUGGAAUGAAUGUGGGAGACCAGCCUUGGAUGUGGCAAUUGAUAAGGCAUUGGAAAUAAAAGGUCAGGUUAAAAGUUCGGCUCAGCUCAGCAUUGAAACAAUCAAAUAUGAAUUGAUACCAGCUUUGAAGAAACAAUCUUUGGAAAUUGUAGCCUAUCUUGAACCAAAUAUUCAAGUACUCACUGCAAAAACUGUUGAUAUCUACCAUUCGUCAAAGAGUUCUGUAGUACCAUUUGUUUUCAAGGUACAAGAAAUGGCAGAUCCUCACAUUCAGGUAGCUAAGAAGUUAACCAAGCCAUACAUAGCCCAGAUUCUGAUGAUGAUAGAUGAGGCUACAAUGGUCCAAAAAAUGCUCAAAGACAAUAGGUUGACACAAUCACUUGCAACUAUCGAACUGGCAUGGCUUCUGGCCACUGCUUUACUGGCCCUGCCUGCAGUUCUGAUGCUUAAGUUGACUUACGUUAUUUUCAGAAAAAAUGCAAAUAAUAAGCGUAUUCAUAGUUCCUAUAGAUAUCAUAUAGUUCCUACACGCCGCAAGCUCAAGCGUGCUCAUCCUGAAAAGUGA